AUGGGCAUUAGAUCUGUUGACAAAGGUAAAUUGGAUUGGGACACACGUCUUACGACUACAGUUGUAUAUCGAUGGCGGCUGCUUCCUGAAGGCGAGUAUGCGGCUGAGGAUAACCUCACCUGCUCAAUCGGUCACGUGGAGUGGCUUCGGCCUCAAGCUCCUUUGUUCGCUACCGCAGGGAUAGCGGAAGUGGAGGCCUUCAGCCAGGAUGAUGGAACUGUGGCUACAGUUUCAUUGGAUCUUGCUCCUCGUUAG